AUGAAUUUACAGAAGCUUAUUUCUACUAGAGAGGGCCAAGCGAUCGACGUCUUAUUUCUAGACAACUUGAGAAAUCUAACGACGAGUUGUCACUUUCGGAGAAGUCAACCCUACUCGAAAUCAUGGAAGAAAAAAGCCGAGAUUAUCAAGAAUCUCAACGAUAAGAUUGUUAAUCAUGCAGAUAUUGACGAUUUGGAAAGCAGAAUUGGUGACCACAAGUCGCUUGAUUGUGAAAAAGUUAAAACACGUGAAGAAAAACUAACUAUCAUUAAAUCUAAACGUAUGUGCUAUAAUUGCCAGGGAAAACACCAAGUUUCAGAGUGUCGUUCUAAGUUUCGGUGCAAGAAAUGCCAGCGAAAGCACCAUUCUAGUAUUUGUGACCAACCAUCGAAUUUCGGUCAAACAGGAAAUGCAGGAACUGCUAUUCUUCAUUCAACUACGCAUCAAAGAUCGGACAUUAUACUCAAGACUGCUAUCGCUCAAGUAAGCUCCCAAGACCAUACCAUAACUAAUACAAACAUAUUAUUUGACGAAGGUGCUCAAAGGUCAUUUAUUACGAAAGAGCUUGCUGAGAAACUGAAAUUAAAGCCCAACGGUUCGGACACUAUAUCAUUAGCAUCCUUUGGUGGCAAAUCAGAACAGUGUCGUCAUAUACCCACAGACAGAGUGUUUCUACACGUCGAACAUAGAGAGAUCAUACCACUCGAUGUACUUAUUGUACCGACCAUUGCUGUACCAUUACCUAACUUGCAGAAAAAUGUGAAAUGUCUGAAAUAUAUCGAAGGUCUUAAACUUGCACAUCCUAUUACCGACACUGACGACGAUUUCGAGAUAUCACUCUUGAUUGGAGCCGACUAUUUUUGGCAGAUCGUGCAGAAUAAGGUUGUUAGGGGCAACGGACCUACGGCAGUGAAAUCAAAGCUCGGUUAUUUACUGUCAGGACCUCUUCCGGAAGUUAAAAAUGCGUCGUCUGUUAGCUAUAUGUUUAAUGUUGUAACAGCGCCACCUAAUGCCACAUAUCUUGAGAGAUUUUGGAAGUUAGAAUCUAUGGGGAUAUUAGAAGAUGAUACUGAGAAAUCUACUUCCGGUAUACUUAACGAGUAUAAAGAAAACUGUAUCUUGUACAAAGAUGGACGUAUGUUGCAAAACUGCCCUGGAAAGAAGAUCAUUCCGUACUUCCUUCCUACAAAUUACGAAAUUUGCAUAAAGCGUACAGAAAACACAAUUAAACGGCUUUCAACAGAACCGGAUAUACUUAUAAACUAUGGACAAAUCAUAGAAGAUCAGUUAAAACGCGGUUUUAUUGAAAAAUGUGAUGCAAAUGUUACCACAUCAAACCCUGUACAUAACAUGCCACAUCAUUAUGUAAAGAAGGACUCGAACACGACACCUAUCCGCAUCGUGUAUGACUGCAGUUGUAAGUCACGUGACCAGCCUAGUCUGAACUAUUGCUUGAUGUCGAUACCACCUGAACUGAAUGAUUUAACUGGAAUUCUUAUUCGUUUUCGAAUGAAUAAAUACGCCAUAGCAACCGAUAUUGAGAAAGCUUUCCUCAACAUCACUCUUGACGAGAACGACAGAGAUGUGACGCGAUGUAAAAAACAUAUAACGUAA